GAUCUUAUGGUUGGUGAGGAAUGCUCACAGCUUCGACAAAUGCUUGACAUAUCCUAUCCUAUGGACAAUGGCAUAGUACGUAAUUGGGAGGACAUGGCUCACAUAUGGGAUCAUACUUUCGGUCCAGAUAAAUUAGACAUCGAUCCAAAGGGAUUAGCACCUCGGAUUGUCGGAGCUAUUAUGGUAUUAUGCGUUGCGAAGUCACCAACCUGUAGUCUCCUUUUUAUUCAUGCUGAUCUUUGUAUACAAGGGGUAGCCGAAAGCUGUUAA